ACACCGGGCCCUAAGACUUACCACUCAGUUAUAAAUAACACCCUUCAUUAGGCUUCCAGUACCUAUCAUUAUAAUCCCAUACACCCCCACUUUUUUGUUUACCACACCACUAAAAUGGCUGAAGAGAAGCACCACCAGGGCCUCUUCCACCACCACAAGGAGGUGGAUGGCAGCCCUCCUGAUUAUAAGAAGGAAGAGAAGGAGCACAAGCACCGUGAGCACCUUGGUGAGCUUGAAGCCGCUGCAGCUGGGGCGUUUGCCUUGCAUGAGAAGCACAAGGAAAAGAAAGACCCGGAGCAUGCUCACAAGCACAAGCUAGAGGAAGAAAUCGCAACCGCAGCCGCAGUCGCAGCGGGCGGCUAUGUCUUCCAUGAGCACCAUGAGAAGAAAGAGGCCAAGAAAGAAGAGGAAGAGUCCCAUGGAAAGAAGCACCACCACGGCCUCUUUUAAUAUAUAUUUUAAUUGAUUUAGCUAUGUCUGUGUUUAUGUUAAUUUACUUGUGGCUUGGGAUUUCUAAAUGCUGUUAAAUGGGUGUGGUGAUAUAUAUAUGUAUAUAUGUAUGUAUGUAUGUAUGUAUGUUUACUACCCUGCAUAAUGAUUUGUGUGUGAGGUUUUUUGUUUGUAAAUUCAUUACUGGGUCUCUAUGUAUGUCAUUAAAAGCUAGUGUGUACAAGAGAGAUUAAAUGGGUCUCUUGCCAACUAACGUUGUUAAUAAUUAAUAUUGUUGAAUAUUUUCAAGGUA